AUGGAGUUUAUUGAUAAUCGAAUAUUCAUUAGCGUACAAUUGAAACAUGAGCGAAUUACGACAAUAAAAAGAAAAAAUGUCACAGAUUUUUACAAUCCAGUACAUCAAAUGAAUGUUUAUAACGAACAUACCGGCAUGCAGCAACCUAAUUACUUGUCGUUUUCGGGAGGCAUGGAAGCUUUCAAUCUACAAGGUGGCUUUGGCGAAGCGUAUUGCCCCACUGAUAUGUCUCCCCCAAUGCUAUUUAACCCACAUUACGUUCCUGGCUAUGUUACUACCUCAGUUGGUCCUUGCUUUCCAACCCACCCCACCUCCAUACGUAAGUUUGAAAAUAAUACCGAUAUACUUAUCCAUUUUACUAAAACCCUUUGCAUUGGUAGCAGCCCUCUAUGCAGGACCUUGGAUCUUGCCGUGAAAGAAAAUCAGUCCGCUGUCGCUCUCAAGGGAGAGCAAGGCGUAGUGAUGUGCUGUGAAUGCCAACUUAUAUUAGCUAGGAGAUAA